AACGCCAAAAAAAUAAAUAGCAUCUGGAUGCAGCCUUUAUGAUGCUAAGAGAUGAGUCCAUAUGUCUAUAUAAAUGUCUAUAUAUUACAAAACAAAAGCAGAAAAAAAAUUCCAAAAAGGGCGCGAGAUUUGGAGGGAAGUGCAGUGAUUGGUUUUCAACUGAGACAGAUUUUGACCAAUAGGCGAGAGGUACGUUAGCUUUAAAAGCUGAUUGUCGCGUCUGAUAGAAAUAUUCGUCGAUUCUUGAGAACCAACUGAACAAACAUGAGUGGAAGAGGCAAGACCGGAGGAAAAGCCCGUGCUAAGGCUAAGACUCGCUCCUCAAGGGCUGGUCUGCAAUUCCCAGUCGGCCGUGUUCACAGACUUCUUCGCAAAGGCAACUACGCUCAACGCGUCGGUGCUGGAGCUCCAGUGUAUCUGGCCGCUGUGCUCGAGUAUCUGACCGCUGAGAUCCUGGAGUUGGCUGGAAACGCCGCUCGGGACAACAAGAAGACCCGUAUUAUCCCCCGACACCUUCAGCUGGCGGUGCGCAAUGACGAGGAGCUGAACAAGCUUUUGGGCGGAGUAACCAUCGCUCAGGGCGGCGUGCUGCCCAACAUCCAGGCCGUGCUGCUGCCCAAGAAGACCGAGAAGGCCGCCAAAGGCAAAUAAUUAAGUUCGGAUUUUUCAAUAACUCAAAAGGUUCUUUUAAGAGCCACC